GCCCGUUGGCGUCCGCUGCGUGUCUCGCGGACUCGGAGCCGCUGGCGCUGGCGGAGCGCGAGCGGCUUGGAGCCUGGACCGUGCACGAGGAGGAAGUGGCGGCGGUUGUGGUUGUUGUUGGUGGGGGGGUAGGACCCCCGAACAAAACAACAUCUGGGAGGAGCUGGGGGUGUAGAAGAAACCGCCGUUCGGCACCUUCUCGGACCAGGCCUGUCCGCUCGCAACUUUAUACCGUUCGUAAUUCAUCCGACCUCUCCGGAGUUUGGAGGAGGAGAUUGAGGCUCUGGUUGGGGGGGUGGAAAUAAAGAGGUUAUCGCGGGAAAGGCAACCUCCUCUUCCACCACCCCCCUCCUCCUCUCCUUCCCUCCCCUCCGGCCAACGCUCGGAUCAGCGACCCCUCCCGUCCCCUCCCUGAUCCACCAUGUCCGGCGAGAGGAACAGGCGAUCGCUGGCUUUCCGCACCGGAGCCUCCGCCGUCAGGAUCGACCCCGAGCUCGGGCCUCACCACCACCACCACCAAAACAACGGUGGCAGCAGUAGCAGCGAGGCCUCGAACGGGGCCUUCCCGUCCGUUAGUCCGACCAAAUCGGCUGCCCUCCCUGUGCUGGACGGCGCCCAGGCCGAGGUCCCCCCGGCUGCGCCCCCCGCCGAGGAGGACUGGGUCGAGACGGUGGUGGUGGAUGACGAGUACCCGGAGCAAGAGGUCUCCUCGGUGCGGGUGGUCGACGGAGGCUCAAUCAGCAGCAACGAGUCCGAGGAAGAGGAGGAGGAGGCGGCGGGGGCUCCGCCGCCACCGGCAGACGGGGAGCUGGAAGGGAUGGACGGGCCCGGCAACAAGGAGCGAGCCGCGUCGCCCGCCGAAGGAGCUGUGGGCCAGGAGGAUGAGGAGGAAAACGGCGGCGGCUGCAGCCGGAGAGGAUUCGGGCUGACUCUACUCGGCCGGCCGCAGUCCUUCCUGCUGCCCCAGCAGCGCACUUUCCAGAGAUCGUGGCUGCAGGAGUUCCCGUGGCUUCAGUACGAGCAGGAGACGGGCCUUAUGUACUGCUCCUGGUGCCUGCGGGCCAACAGCGGGGUGGGGAGCAACAAUAACCGCAACAAGUUCGUGAAAGGAAGCCGCAAUUACAGGCGAACCACGCUGCUGCGGCAUCACCUUUACACUGAACACCGGCAGAAUGACCCAUCCGCUGCGGCCUGCAUGGAGGAGUCUGCAAUUACAUCGAAAUCAACAGAUGAACUGUACACUGAGUACAAGAGUGAUCGAAAUGAAAUUUCUUAUUGUUAUCAACUGCUUCAGGAACUAAAUGAGCAGCGGCAGCAAGGCAUUCUGUGCGAUGUCAACAUUGUGGUGAAGGGUCAGGUUUUCAAAGCCCACAAGAAUAUAUUAGUUGCUGGCAGCCGUUACUUUAAGACACUCUAUUGCUAUACUCCAAACGACAGUUGUGACCAGGUCACGGUAACUCACCUUGAUGUUGUUGCAGUACAAGGUUUCACUGUCAUUCUUGAUUUCAUGUACUCUGGACAUUUGGUUUUAACCAGCCAAAAUGUAAUUGAGGUAAUGUCUGUAGCAAGCUAUCUACAAAUGACAGACAUUGUUCAGGCUUGCCGUGGUUUCAUUAAGGAUGCCCUGAACAUCAGUACAAAAUCCAAUGCAGCAGAGAAAAUAAUAAUGCAAUAUGAGAAGGUAAAAGCCUCCAACCAGUCCCAAAAAGAAAACACUGUAGCUACACUGAAACAUGAACCUAACAGUCCUUGGAUAGUCAAAUCUACAACUGCAGUGAACAACUGCGCUGCAGGAGGAUUGCAUGAAGAGAGGGCUAGAUAUGAAAUGGAGAACUACAGUUUUGAUGUGGGCUCAGUAAUGGACCAGAAUGAGAGCUACCAGAUUAAUGAUUCUGUCUGGAAUCAAGAUAACUUUUCGGAUUAUGUUGGAAAAGAUCUGCAGAUGGGACUACCUCAGGAUCAGGGCCCUGCUUUUUCAUGGGGAAAUUUGGGAAAAUUAAUGCUGCAUCAGACAGUUCCGCGAAGUGGACGAAGGAAAAACCACAUAACUAGAAGAAUUGUAUAUGAUGUUGCACCAAAAGCUGAAGAGGGAGUUGGAGAUAAUUUAAUGAUUCAGCCACCUAUGGCAUUCUCUGAGGAUGGAUUACAGGAAAUUCCCGUUGACUCGUUUGGAGCUGGAACUUCAGAUCAAUUCAGAUUUGGACUGUUACAAGAAGCGCAAAAUAGAGAAACUUGGUUAAAUGGUGAUGCUUCAAUUGGUAGUCAAAACAAAUUCAAGUGCCCACAUUGCAAUUACAUUGCCAAGUAUCGACGCACUUUGAAGAGGCAUCAGCUAAUACAUACUGGAGUGCGGUCCUUUGCUUGUGACAUUUGUGGAAAGUUGUUCACGCGAAGAGAACAUGUAAAGCGACAUUCAUUGGUACACAAGAAAGAUAAAAAGUACAAAUGUAUGGUUUGUAAAAAAUUCUUCACUCUAGCAGCCAGUGUUGGAAUUAGGCAUGGAUCUCGACGUUAUGGUGUAUGUUUGGACUGUUCCGGGGGUGAUAGACAGCCAAAAGGUGACCAUGAUGGUAUGGACCUGAUGGUUGAUCCAGAAUUUUUUAAGGAACAGCAAGAAGAACGAGAACAACCGGGUGAACUGGAGCAGGAAGAAAAUGAGAGAAUUGUUGAUGAAGAUAUGGCAGAUGAAGAUGGAGGAGGGGAAAUGGAUAGAGAGCAAUGGGAAGAUGUUGAGGCUAGUGAGACGUAUGUCAUUUUAGACAAUGACUAACUGGCAAUUGAGCCAUUAUGUUAAACUGAGAAGUAUAACUAUGGUUGUUCACUGUAUAAACAAACCCUAUGAAUUUUAUCUGAAUUGCAAAGAUUAUGGAUUGGCAACAAAACACUAAAUUUUCCAUAUUUUGCUGAUAGCUAUGAACAUUGGAUAAUUAUUGAUAUUUUAAUUGUAGUAACAGCGAAUUCGCAGCAGUAAUGAUGAAAAGUGUAUUGGUGUCAGUGAUGGGCAAUUCCUUAUAAUAAUUGGGAUUGAAACUGCAGUUUCUUUCCCCAAGAAUCUAUGUGAAAAACAAUGGUGUGGAAAUGCAGUAGUGUAUGACUUGAAGUAUAUAUAUUGUGCAGAAGACUGUCUCACUGAUUGGGAUACAAAUCAAAAUUGAGUUUAAGAGUGCAGGAUUUCUAGUAGCAGGAGAAGGCCAUUGUUUAUUGAACCUCUCUAUACUGCCUACCCCACAUAGUCUUUCCUGAUUUUUGCUCCAUGAUUAAUGUAGCCCUCUGGGUGAAUCAGGUCUGCAUGUUGUUUUUUCUGACUACUUUUCUUUGUAUUUAUCUUUCAUAUUCCUUUAUCACAGUGAAGUCUUUGAACCAGUUUGGGGAUUCAGUUUUUAAUCUUGAAAAAUCUGCUUGGAUCCCUUAAACUCUCCUUUUAGCCAAAGAAAAUUAUAUUGGCUUCCUUAGCUUUUUCCUGUAGCCUAAUUUUUUUCACUCAGGAUCUUUGCUUGUAUGCCUGCUUUCUUGGCAAUAAUAUCCUUCCUAUGAUAGUUCAGCUAAACUACAUGCAGUCUUGCAGUUUGGCUGCGAUCAUCCUUUUGUGAUGGAAAAAUGUGGUUGAAACCUCUUAAAGGAUUGGGUCAGAAAUUCAACUUGAGAUAUUUGUUUUUCUAUGCAUUUUUAAGUUUCAGUCUUUUCAGAUGCGGAAACACACAGAAUGCUUAUGUAGGUGCUAAAGACUUCUAUGUUUUAAAGUUGUGUUCUUUUAAAUUGAAUAAUGCCAGCAUAAAAUCUUACUGCAGUUCAAGGAGAGAGUAGCUGCAAAUUAAUUACUUGAAUAACUGACUCUGGUUUUAGAGUUCAAAGGAGUUAUGAUGUGGCAUCCUUAACGAAGACAGCCCAUGAAUAAUAUCUGAGAACUGAAUGAUAACAGUAGGAUAUCUAAGUUUUUAAAUGGUCAUUUAGUUGAUAUGGAGUACAUUAGGUUGAGUUCUUACUGAAUAACUAGUAACCACCGUAACUGAAUUCUGAUUUAUCAGAAAGUAAUGAAUACUACUUUCUCCCUUUUUAAAGGAGAGGAAAAGCAAUAUUCUUUGUCUUAACUGGGGGUGAAAUAUGAAAACAGUUUUUCACCCUCCUUAAUAACAAACUCUGAAGCUGGAUGAACACAGCAGGCCAAGCAGCAUCUCAGGAGCACAAAAGCUGACGUUUCGGGCCUAGACCCUUCACCCUCCUUGAUCUCUUUAACUUAGUUGCAUGUUCCUCCUCUGGCAUUCUUGAUUCUGACUUGAUUUACACACUACAUUAUAAAAAUAUCGUAGCAUAACAAUUGUUUCAGUAAUAAAACAAAACUUUACAACAUUGGACCUUCAGUUUACCUGUAUGGUUGAGUCUGUCUUUUUAAGUCAGACAAAUAAUAGGCUGCUAACAUUAUGUUAAUGUUUGCCUGCCUUUAAUUUGCAAUUAUGUUUUAAAACAAGGCAUAUUAAUGCUUUCUUUCCCUCUCCAUCCUUAGUUAGAUAAACAGGGUUGGUAAUGCUACAGAUCCAAAUGUGAAAAGUGGAAUUGCUGGAGAUGGAAAAUAAAAUUAUUUGAAUCUAAAUAGAGCAUUUUUUGUUUGUGACCCACUUCAAAUUAAAGAAAUUUAAUACAGUGUGGUGCUAGAUCAGUAUCAGGUAACUUGACAACUUCUUGAAUUACACCUAAAUGAUUUGUUACGAUCUUACUGUUAAGUAAUCAAGAUCCAGUUAACUAGAGUUCAGCUGUCAGAAUUUUGGGAUGUCACAUCAAUCUAAGCAUUUUGAAGAAUGGACAUAGUUAAAGCUUCAAAAAUAACGCCAUGUUAAAAACUAGAAAUUUUUGUGAUUCCUUUUCCUCCUUUGAACAAGCACAGCACAAUUAAAGCAACUAUCCAUGAUUUUCAUUCCUCCAUACCAAAUGACAGUGUUGUGGUGCAAGAGGUCAGCGUAAUAAAGAAAAACAUACUUGCUUUUAUUAAUUUUUGAAACUGUUGAGCUACAGAUGUGUUAAUAAUUCAUUUCCUGAUUUUAACAAUGAUGCCCAUGGUGUCAUCAUCUCAAAAUAAGAUAUUACUUCAGGAUUUGAGACUGACUUCGGAGAACAGAGCUUCCUAUAUAGAAAAGUGAAAACUGUUUUAUAAUGAUUGUCUAAGACUCCUGAAACUGAAAGCAUGAGUCCAAAAUCAGACUUAUGGAAAAGAGAGCACCAGUUGAAGUGGAAACAAUGGCAUACAUCUAAUGAAAUAAUAUCUUUGAUAAAGUGGAUUUUUUCGAUCUGUCUCCUCAGCUAGUUUUCAAAGAACAUCCACUUGACUGAAUUGUUUCGUCAAUGUUUCCUCUUCAUCGUUUUCCAUGUAAAUUUUUUUCUGUCCUAAUUUGUAAAUACUGGUAUAUUGUUCCACGGGCUCCGGUUGCAUCUAAAGAUUUUUGAGGAGCCUCAAAGCUGAACCUGAUAUUGUUCUCACCAGGUGUCCACAUAUGUCCUUUUCAGCUGGUGGUGUUGGAAGUGAUCAGAAACAGAAAUGAUGGCCAAUUGUAUCUUCCAUGGUUGCCCUUGCUGAGAUCAAGUAAUACAGCAUAAAUCAAGUUUUGGAGUCCCCUGAUUAAUACAACUAAACUCAGGGCUAUAUCAGAUGCAAUAUUUCCUCAUUAGGCUGUGAAAGGUGCUAGUUCCUCUGUACUGUGCUUUUGAAUUUAUUAGAGACACUUUGGGGCAAUGAUGUGAAUGAGAUCUUUAACAUUAAAUUCUGCCUACAGAUAGGAGGGCUGGUGCAAUGUAUUUGGUGUGAUGGGAGUCUGUGUGGAUUUCACCAUACAGAUUAAAGUCCCAAGUUCAAUCUGGACUUGUUGAAUUAUUUUCUUUGAAAGAAGUAUAUUUUAGUCCCAUUCAUCUGACUUUUCUUUAUACUGCUUCAACUAUUAAUUCUCUGUUUCCACUGGUGUUUCUGAUAUUUUGUCUAUUUCUACUAGCCCUUAUGUUAAUACCAUCAUGAUUUUAUAGGAAAAGUUUAACACACACUUCUGCUUCCUGUCUAUCUAUCCAACAGUUCUAAUUCCAAAUAACGGUUAACAGGCUUAAGUAUAUUCAUGUGUCACCUUAUUCCUGUUGGAAUUCUUCAGAAUAUAUUUACCUUUUAAUACUGGCAGCAGUCUUGCGGAAAAUUACCAUGACAAAAGAUAAUUUUGGGAUGGAAUUCAGUAAUCCUUUAUGCAGUCUAUUAUUUGUACUAUUACAGGGUGGUACUGAUGCACUUUUCCAUGUUUGUAAACAAAGUACAUUGAGAAUUGUGGAUGUUGCAGUGAAUUUUUAGCUUGGAUUUAAUAAAUCUAAGUACAAAAACUGCAGUGUAAAUCUGAGACCCCUUUGUGGUUGGGUCUUUGUAAAAUGCUAUUUUGAACCGUUCCUUUUACAGCUUAACAUUUUUAAGUAAGUAGUGCAGUCUCCAAUCAUCCCUAACAGUUUGUCUCUCUUGCAGCGUAAUCAUGAUGGUUUUACUUGAUUCUGAGGAUAUUUUAAUAUUCUACCCAUUAUUAGGUUUACACCCAGUAACUUCCUGUUAUUUUCUUGAUUAUUUUUCUCUUAAAAUAGAUUGGAUCUAUUACUAGAAUAUUAUUGUGAUCCUGUUAAUAAGCACCUAUUAAUAAUCGCACCAAUCCGCAAAUUCAAAGUUGCUCUUUGAACUCCAUAGUGCACUAUUAUUGGCACAGAAGUGAAUUGCCAGUCUUUAAUCUACUUUCUCUUCCUUAAAAAAGCUGAAUUACUUAAUGAGUUAGCAUGAUAUAUUAGUACACAUAGAGUUUCUUAUUUUUCACAUGUUUGGUGCACAUUUGUAUGGGCUAAGUUUAAAAACAGAUAAUUUUGAGAAGCAAAUUUCUUGUAAUUGUUGAAGCUCAUGUCAGAAUAAUUCAGGCCAGAAAUGGUAAGGUAGGAUUUUCUGCUCCAAAGAUGGGCUUUAAUCCAUCAUCCUCAACUUUAGAUUUUAGUAACUAUUAUUACCAAAGAUGUGAUGACAAAAUGCAUUUAAAAUAUUAUGGUUACUGCAGUGUGUACAGGACAAUUAAUCUGAAAUUCAAAUUGAGUGAUGCUGGAUUAUCAUUUGGAAAAAUCUUCCAGUUCCUUCAGUCAUUUGAGUUUAUUAAAGCAGUUUUAUUCUUUGAAAAACAAUGACAGGACAUAUUUAAAGUGGUUGUGAAUUGAAUAUUUAAUUAUUUGAAUUAGAUCAAACAAAUUAGUGUAUUGUGAUUUUAUUCUAUGAUGAAAACUUGUUUAUUACACAUUAGGAUAUUGUCUUCACCUGUAAUUUUAUAUUUGAUGUUGAGAAAUGCUUUAAUUUAAAUUGGCGUGCACCAAAAUAACUGAUUAAGUUGAACCCCUUCUGUGUUGAAUUAUGAAAUAUUUGAGACUAAGCAACAUUUAGGAGCAUCAUAUCACCAAGAAUUUGGGACCUGUGAGGAUUUGCCCACCACUGAUUUCAGUGGAAAAUAGCAUUCUGUUGUUUUAAGGCAGUUGUGUCUAAUACAUAGACAAAGUUUAUAUUGUAUAUUGUGCUCAGCAAGUCUGACAGUUUGUAACACUGCAGUUUUGUUAAUUAUCCAUGAGACAAAAUUAAUUGCAAGCUGUGCUUUGAAAAAGUAAUUUUUGCAAAACCUUUAAACAUAGUAAAUUUUAGUUCCACACUUGUUUCCUAUCAAUUAUUUAUUUAGCAUAAUGGAUUUAUUUCCAGUGUAUAGACUGCUGUGUGUAAUAAAUAUCUGUAGUUUAUAGUGGCAGCAUAAAGUAGCUGAUUUAUUUAUAUUGGGAAGGGAGAAUUUAUGACUAUAGAAUGAACUGAUUGAAUCAUCACAUCUGUAGACUUGACCAUAAAUCUAAAAUGUAGAAAGGAAAUGAAAAUUUCCCCACAGAACGUUUCUAAAUCAAUUGAUUUGUGCUAAUCCUCAUUAGCCCCUGGAAUUUACCUCAGAUUUAGAAGUUGUGGUUUUUGAAUGACAGGUUGUUUGACCUUUUCGGUAUUCAUGUCAGGACUACUUGUGAUUCAGAAUGUAAAGUGAACAUCUCCACUUCUGCAACACUGAAUUUUUUGUACCAAAUAAGAAGAAAAAAAAAUUAACAAGAACCCAAGCUAAUAUAAGUGAUAUUGAGUCAUUUCCAAAAGGACAAAUUGGGAGGGACUUUUUAUAUAGUGCAUCACAUUCAGCUGAUGCAACUUAAUGCAACGUGAAAAUUAAGCUUUUUUUAAAAACACUUUAUACAAAUAAUAUAUACACUGCAACAACUAUCUAUUUUCCUAUUUGUAUAAUUGCAGCUCAAUUCAAACCAUUUUUAUUUGUAAGAAAUGCGUUCAUUCUUAAAAGGAUUAAUGAUUUGCUUAUGCAUCUGUUCUGAUAAGAGUUGAGGGCAGAGGAUUUUUUUAUUUGCAAAAAUGAUUUGCAUAUAUAUUUGGGAUCAAAGGGGCCAACUGGUCUGUUUAAAUUUUGUUGAGUGAAAAAUGGAAAAACUGUCCUUAAAUUAUGAUCUGAUUUCAUUAUGUUCCCAGUAAGUGUCAAAAGUAGAUGAUAAUUAUGGAAAUUAAGUCUAAAAGUAAAAAGAAAAAUAAUUUGAGAGAGAAGACUAACGCUGUGGAAAGAAAAGUGAGCUAUUAAGGGGUGCUUGUGUGUAAUGGGUGUGAAUUGAAAAAUUAUUAUUUUAAAUGGGUGAACCAACUUGGUUUAAAUCGCCACAGAAAAAAGUUAACAUGCCACAAUCUUUGUAAUGAUUGCUAUUAAAUUUGUGUCAGUACUGGUCAAAAACCGCAAACAGAAAGUAAAAUUUUCAAUUUGGUGUGAAAAUUAAAGAAAAUAAAAAUCAUGCAGCCUAAAUCCAAAAGGAUUGUGCGCACUAACAUCUACCCAGUUGCUGACUGGAACAUAUAAUCUUACUGUGUUGCUUCAGUUCCUGAAGAUUAUUGUUUGUAAAUGUUAACUGAGAAACUAUGCAUUUUAAUUUUAAAAACCCAGAUCAACUGUGUACCAUUACUGUUAGUGUCAAAAUAUAAUAUACUUGGCACCACAUACACAUUUUCUGUACUUUGUUUUUGUACAUAAAAUUGUACAUUUUUUGCACACAGAACUGAAAGCAAGUAUUUGCCAACAUGAAUGUGACACAAAUUCACCAAGGCAAAUACUUUUUUCUUUGGAAAACAUUGAAUAGUGAUUUUAUUUUUAAUUUUAGAACUUGUUAAAGAAACUCCAAGCUCUCGAACCACUUAUAUUUAAUACACUGAAGUCUGUUGUAUAUUGUUCCAUAUUUAUAUUUUCAGGCCAGUGUGGGUUCAGUUCCCUCACUGAUUGUGGUUACUAUGAAGGACUGUCGUUCUCAAGUCAUGGUGACCCUUGAUUUAAACCACAACCAGUCUCUAUCCCUGUCUCCAUGGGAGGGCAGCCGUAUGGUCUGGUAGGACUAUAGUGACUUUACUUUUAAUGCAAAUUCAACAUUUUAGCUUUUGCAUUUGCUAUGCAAUGUUUUCAGAGUCAGGAAAUAUAUGUUCCUGAGAAUCCAUCUUUUGAGUCAGCUAGUAACUAGAGAACUGCCUCUUGAGAAAGAUGUUAAAGAUCUCAUGACACUUUUCACAUAAGAGAAUGAAGUUCUUUAAGUAUGUGCAGUCAUUCCUUCCUCAAUCAACACUGCCAUGAAAGGUUUGUCAUCUUAUGGCUGUUCAUGGAAUCCUGUUGUUUACAAUAUUUAUGUUCAUAACACCUUGCUGCAUUAUUCAAAGUUAUUAAUCUUAUUCAAGGUGUUUUGAGACAUUUGUAACUAAAUGCAAGUCUUUUAAAGCAAAGGUGUGUACUUUAUAUGCAAAAUACACGAACAUACACAGCACGCCAAAUCUCUAGCUUCUUAUUUCAUAGCCAGGAUCAAGUAACCUGGCUUCAUCUGGUGACACAUGGCUGUCAAUCUUGCUGACAAAAUUAAUGGUUGUACUCAGGUAAGAUAAAACAUCCGGCUGCAAAUUUUACGUUUGAGAUAGAAUAAUCAAAUUGAAGCACAAUGUAGUGGGCCAAAGGGCCUGUACUGUGCUGUACUAUUCUAUGUAUAGAGCCAGAUAUGUUCUGUGUAUUAAAUAAGUUGUAUUAAAGGCUGGAGCUUUCUUUAAAAAGAUGGAAAUAUCUUUUAGUUGACAAAAUAAAUUAUUUCCUUCUCUCUCAAUCUUUUCAUAAUAAUCUUUAACCUUUUUUCCAAAGGCCUCAGGGUAAACGUAACAUAAAUAUUGGGUAUGUAAGAUAAAAGGCUCACUUUAAAUAAUAGUUAGUUGUGUUGCACAUUCACAUUUUCUUAUCACUGAUUUUCAUUCAGAUUUGGUGUGAUUUAAUAUUAAUUAUGUAAACUUCAUAAAUGAUCAGUUUGUAGAUUGUAUGCAGUAAACUGUAAAUUCUUUUUGUACAGCC